AUGACUAAAAGGCUAAAUCUUUCGUUGUUUUGUUUGAAUUUAGAAUACGAAAUUAGUACUCUGUACCAAGAAGCUCAGACCCGUUGGUUGAAACCGCCUGAAGUGCACUUCAUAUUGCAGAAUCAUGAAAGAUAUCAACUAACACAUAAGGCUCCUCAAAAGCCAAUCAGUGGAUCUUUGUUUCUUUUCAAUAGAGAUGUUCUUAAAUUUUUCCGUAAAGAUGGUCAUCAAUGGCGGAGAAAGAAAGAUGGGCGAGCUAUUGCGGAAGCGCACGAAAGACUUAAGGUGGGUAACGCUGAAGCCUUGAAUUGUUAUUAUGCUCAUGGAGAGCAUGACCCCCAUUUUCAGAGACGUAUCUACUGGAUGCUAGAUAAGGAAUACACGCAUAUUGUCCUUGUUCAUUACAGGGAUGUUAGUGAGGGAAAAGAGGGAAAACAAACUAGUGGACAUGUUUUGCAGUUUUCACCAGUUCCUGCGACUCUGUUUUCAAGUCCAAGCUCCAUCGGGACUCAGAAUGCGAGCUACAAUCACCAGAUUGGUGAUUCUACUGACAUACAUCAGCAUUCAUCUAGCUCGCCGGGAAUUGCAGAGGUUAACUCUGACGUUUUGUUUUUGAGUAGCAGAGUUGAGACCCCAGGAGGCAGUGGAAGUUCUUCCGAGUUUGAAAAGAUGCAGGCUCUGAAGAAUAUUGAGAAACUACUGAGUAUCGGAGAUGACAAUGUUAAUACUGUAGAUCCACUCUACAAUCAAAAAGAAAGUUUGGAUAGUCUCCAAUUUUUAGAGUUCAGUACUAAUGACAUGGAUCACGUUUCUCAACCAGCAACUGUGAAUCACAGACCAGAGAGUAAUAAUAAACUAGAGAGAUGUUAUGGAGGGUAUGUUGGAGCCCACUAUAAUGCUAAUUCUGUAGAUCCACUCUACACUCAAAAAGAAAGUUUGGAUAGUCUCCAGUUUUUAGAGUCUACUAUGGACAUCAAUAACCUUGCUCAACCAGCAACUGUACAACAGAGACCUGACAAUAACAGACUAGAGAGAUGUUACGGAGGGUAUGUCGGAGCCCAAUAUCAUUCUAACAAUCUAAUGCUUGUAAAGAAUGAUUCAGGUGGUAGUGGAGGGCAUGUAGAUCAAGAGUCUGAAUCGUGGAAAGAGGUGCUGGAGGCAUGUGAUGCUUCUAUAGCUCUUCACUCUGAGGGAAGCACACCAAGUUCUGCGAAAGGAUUGUUACUUGGAAUGCAGGAAGAUUCCAACUGGAGUUACAACAAUCAGGGUGACCAAUCUACACUAUUGUUGCCUCAAGAACUUGGUUCUUUCAACAUUCCUGCUUGUUAUUCUGAACUGGGAGCUCCGGAGAAUAAUGUCGAGUACUGUAGAAUGAUGGAUGAUGAAGGGAAAAUCGGUCUGCCACUCGAGCAAGAUAUGAGAUUAACAGUUGCACAAAAGCAAAAGUUCACUAUCCAGGACAUAUCACCAGAGUGGGGUUACGCAAAUGAAUCUACUAAGGUGAUAAUCAUUGGAUCCUUUCUCUGUGAUCCAACAGAAUCUACAUGGUCUUGCAUGUUUGGGAGUGCUGAAGUUCCUUUUGAGAUCAUUAAGGAAGGUGUUCUUCGGUGUGAAGCCCCUCCAUGUGUCCCUGGAAAAGUCAAUUUAUGCAUUACUUCUGGAGAUAGACUCUCAUGUAGUCAAAUCAGGGCAUUUGAGUAUCGCGAAAAGCCUGACACAUCUUGCCCUAAGUGCAGUAUGCCACAGGCCUGCGACAUGUCCACAAGUCCAGAUGAGCUUUUAUUACUUGUAAGGUUUGUGAAAAUACUUCUAUCAGAGCCACUAUCAGACAGAAAAAGUAGCGUAGAGACGGGCAUUGAUAAGUUGUUGAAGAAAUUGAAAGCUGAUGAUGAUCAAUGGAGCCAUGUCAUACAGUCGAUUCUAGAUGGCACUGCAUCAUCAUCAAGAACAGUUGAUUGGCUUCUACAAGAACUGCUUAAAGACAAGCUGGAUGCGUGGCUCUCUUCAAGAUCCCAAGAUGAAGAUCAAACAUCUUGUUCUUUGUCAAAGCAAGAACAAGGCAUUAUUCAUAUGGUUGCAGGCCUUGGCUUCGAGUGGGCGCUCUAUCCAAUUCUUGGUCAUGGAGUCAGUGUGGAUUUUCGUGAUAUUAAUGGAUGGAGUGCUCUUCAUUGGGCUGCACGAUUUGGGAGUGAAAAAAUGGUGGCUGCGCUUAUAGCUUCCGGGGCAUCAGCUGGAGCAGUGACGGAUCCCAGUGCGCAAGACCCAGUUGGUAAAACUGCAGCUUCAAUAGCUGCCUCUAAUGGCCACAAGGGUCUUGCAGGUUAUCUAUCAGAGGUGGCGUUGACAAACCAUCUCUCGUCGCUCACACUGGAAGAAACCGAAAAUUCUAAAGACUCUGCUCAAGUGGAAGCAGAGAAAGCUUUGAAUUCCAUCUCAGAACAAAGUCCUCCCGGUAAUGAGGAUCAACAUUCACUGAAAGACACACUGGCUGCAGUGAGAAAUGCAGCUCAAGCAGCCGCAAGAAUCCAGGCAGCUUUUCGUGCACAUUCAUUCAGAAAGCGACAACAGAGAGAAGCAGCUAUGGCUUCUUGCUUACAAGAGUACGGGAUCUAUUGUGCAGAUAUCGAAGAGAUCUCAGCCAUGUCGAAACUGGCGUUUGGAAAUGUCCGGAACUACCAUACAGCAGCUUUAUCUAUUCAGAAGAAGUACCGUGGCUAUAAAGGUCGAAAAGAAUUUCUUGCGCUUCGCCAGAAAGUUGUGAAAAUACAGGCUCAUGUUCGAGGUUACCAAAUAAGGAAGCAUUACAGGGUUAUCUGCUGGGCAGUAGGAAUAUUAGAUAAGGUUGUACUCAGGUGGAGAAGGAAAGGAGUUGGGCUAAGAGGGUUCAGACAAGAGGUAGAAACAACAGAGGACAGUGAAGACGAAGACAUCCUCAAGGUGUUCCGCAAACAGAAAGUAGACGGGGCAGUGAACGAGGCUUUCUCUCGUGUUUUAUCGAUGGCCAAUUCUCCAGAGGCUCGCCAGCAAUACCACCGCGUGCUCAAGAGAUACUGUCAGACAAAGGCUGAGCUUGGAAAAACAGAGACAUUAGGAACAGUUGGCGAUGAGGAUGAUGGAUUGUUCGACAUAGCUGAUAUGGAAUAUGAUGAUUUGUUUUCGCUGCCUUGA